CACUGCCACUCACCCCAUUUCUCUCUCCAUUGUCUCUCCUUCAUCUCCAUUUUUUUUCUCUCCAGCUCUCCUCAUUCUCUUCCAAAAUUCUCUCUAGAAAUUCUGGGUGUUUCUCUCUCUGCAAGUGUUUCUUUUCUCAGAUUUUGUGUAACAACAACGGUACUUGUUUUUGCUUUCUCUCUCAGGGCUUUGACUUAACAACGGAGCUCUCUUGAAGCUGUGCUCUCUGUCUCUGUAGUUUUCAGCUCUGUAAAGCGUAGCUACCUCAAAAUGCUGCGUUUCGAAUGCAAUUUUAGAUCUAAAAGGCGUGUAUGAGAAACGAAGCUUGUUCUUAGCUUUCGAUCCGUGAAAUUUUGAGGGUUUUUUGCUUGGAGAGGUUUUCUUACUUUUUUUCUCAAGAUUUGAAUAAAAUGAAUCGUAGUUUUAGGGCACAGGACUCGCAAAUGCAAGCAGCAGUGGUGAAGCAAAGACAACAGUUAAGAGCUACAAUGAUGAAAGAAAAAGAAGAAGAGCUAGCUUUGUUUUUGGAAAUGAAGAAGCGUGAGAAAGAGCAGAAUAAUUUGUUUUUAAUCAACAAUACUGCAGAUUCUGAAGCACCGUUUGGUAGUAAUGCUUUUUACUCUUAUUUCUUUUUUUUUUUGUCGUGGAUUUGAUCUGGUGAAGAUGUUUAUUUGGUUCAAAUUUUUAUCCGUUUUUUUUUUUUUUGGCUUCUAACUCCUCCUGGUACCCCUCUUUUUCCUUCUUUGGAGGUGGAAUCACAAAAGACCAUUAUGAGUCAGAUUGGUACUCCAAAGGCCUGCCCGACUGCUCUGAAAUCUAGACUAGCUAGCCCUCAGCCAGAUCCUGUUCGAAGGGGCAACUUGGUAUCCAAACAACCUGCUUCCUCUCCUGUGUUGAACUCUUCAGGUGCAGCAAUGCGCAGGCCCUCAUCAUCUGGUGGUCCAGGAUCUAGGCCUUCAACACCAACUGGACGCCCCACGCUGACUACAGGUUCUAAACCUUCAAGAUCAUCAACACCUACCUCUCGGGCCACUCUGUCCUCAUCUAAGCCCACAGUUUCCGCAGCUAAACCAACUGUCUCUGCAGCUAAAUUGACUACUUCUACAAUGAAGUCCACAGUUCCUGCAAGAUCCUCGACACCAUCAAGGUCAACACGAUCUUCAAUGCCGACUGCAAGGCCCUCUAUACCCCCAUCUAAGUCGACAUCAAGGGCUGCAACCCCAACUCGACGGCCAUCCACUCCAUCUAGUUCACCAAGCCUUUCUGCUCCUCCUGUUAAGUCAUCAUCUUUAGUCACCAAGUCAGCUUCUACAGUUACCAAGUCAGCUCCCACAGUUGCUAGAAAUCCUGUCCCAUCACGUGGCUCUUCGCCAACAGUGAAAUCUAGGCCAUGGAAGCCCUCAGAGAUGCCUGGUUUCUCACUUGAUGCUCCUCCAAAUUUAAGAACUACAGUACCUGAACGGCCACUUUCAGCUACUAGGGGUAGGCCUGGAGCACCCAGUGCUCGAUCCUCCUCCGUUGAGCCUCCUCCUAAUGGACGUCCAAGACGACAAUCAUGCUCUCCAUCAAGAGGACGUGGCCCCAAUGGCAUUAUGCACCCCAGUGGGAGUUCUGUUCCUGCAUUUAGUCGUGGGCAUUCUAAAAUUAAUGACAAUGUUAGCCCUGUCGUUAUUGGAACCAAAAUGGUUGACAGAGUGAUAAAUAUGCGAAAGCUGGCACCUCCCAAGCAAGAUGACAAACAUUCUCCUCGUAUUCUGACUGGGAAGUCUUCAUCUCCAGACAGCUCAGGCUUUGGAAGAACACUCUCAAAGAAAUCUUUGGAUAUGGCCAUUAGACAUAUGGACAUAAGGCGCACCAUUCCUGGUAAUUUACGGCCUUUGAUGACUAAUAUCCCAGCAUCUUCGAUGUACAGUGUGAGAUCAGGGCCUGCAAGAAGCAGGACAGUUAGUGUUUCAGACUCCCCUCUUGCAACGAGCAGUAAUGCUAGUUCAGAAGUGAGUGUCAACAACAAUGGUCUUUGUUUGGAUGGGAUUGAAUUGGAAGAUGAUAUUGGCAGUGGGAGAGGUGGGCGUUCUCCUCUACGAGGCAGGUGAUGUUCAGAAUUAAACAUUUGAGUUAUGAACUCCCAUUCUAAUCACCACGUGUAUUCUUCUGGGUCCUCAACCAGCUUGACACUUAAAAGAGGAACCUAUUUCCAGGGGACAAAAAAAAAGAAAAGGAAAAAUCUGACCAGAGCCUUCUUUCUAUAUUUGAUGUAAAGUUUGCUAGAUUGGUUGGCGAUUAAGUUUUAUGUAAUCCGUUGCCUUUGUAUAAUUAGGAAAAUCAGUUAUAAGUAGAAACAGUCUUUAUUGCAAAUUUUCUACAGGUGGGGUAUUCUGAAUAAACCACCUCCCCCCGUCCACCCCUGCCUUGCAUAAUGUCAAUAUUUUUUGUGUCA